UACAAAUUACAACUAUUACCAACUACAAUUUUUGGUUCAUACUGAAAUUAAUAUUAUGUGAUUAAUUCGAUAUAAGGUUUUAUUUCUAUUCUUGUCAGUUUUUUAACAAGCUAAGUUUUGAUUCUUCUAUUCUCGAGUUGAGACACAGGAAAAUAGUGACGUGUGCAAAUGAUGAUGUCAGAUUAUUAAUGAGUUAUAAAUAGAUCGUAUUGAGUUAACUGACCAAUGGUCAUUAAGAUUAGGGACGCCAUGCUUCAGAGCAGAAAAGGUUUGAGCGGGUACAAACAGACCUCGAUUUCUAAUCAAUAUUUACCAACUUUCAAACUGAUCUGGAUGUCUAAUCAAUAUUUACCAACUUAUUGCGUUGCGUGGGACACUACUGGUUCACUUUGAUUUACAUCAAAGUUUGUUCAUGAGACUUCUAAAGAACAUUCACUAGUUUUCGCAGGAGGUGUCUUCACAUGUUAUAACAACUUCAUCUCGCUUACGUAAGCUGUGAUCCUGUCGGAUUCUGUGCAUGGAUUAUUAACUACAGAAGGGUAUCGUAAAUCACACAUACCCUCAGGUCAGUGACUCCAAUUCAUUAGUGUUGGCUCAUACAGUCAUUCUACAGACUUUGAUCAUCGUUAAACUGAACUAUAUUUUACUUCGUUUUGUUGUGAUGGCGCCUAAACGUAACACGAGAUGGACUAGUAGAUCAGUGCCUUACGAUGUCAAUUUGCCUGAUAAUUGGACAGCAAAAAAAUUACGACAAGAAUUAAAUGAGCUUGGGACCUUCCCAGUGUCGUCUGCCAAAAAAUCGGAACUCAUUAAAUUAUACAAGGAUCGUGUUAAUUCAGCCGAACCAAGGCCCGUCAGUCUACCCCCGACUCGAGAACCAGCAGUGACCAUUCCUUCAGCGCCUGACAUUGGGCGGAUAUUACGUCAUGAUACAGCCCAGCAUGCCAUAGCAUCUAAUAACCAAGAUGGCGGACCUACCGUCAUGUCGGCAGGGUCUGAGUUGACAGCUACCAUCCUUGCCUUGAGAGAGGACAUUAAACAUAUGCAAGAGAGACUACAGACGGUGGAAAACAGACAUGUGCCAGCAGCGGCAGCUGGUAGUUCCUUACAAACACCUCGAGAUGCGAUGAUAAGCCAAGGAAGGUCAGCGAGUCUACCGGUCAGUGUCACAGAGACUAACAACCAAGCCAGUCGAGAAUCAGUGGGACAAAGCUACUCUGACACGGGCUUUGGGUCCUUAGAAGGGAUCAGCUCUGAGGACCUGCCACAGGUGGAACUGAUAGCACCUAACAUCAGGAAGAACAUCCUAGAAGAUGAAAAAAUUCCGCAGAUUAGCCCCAUCAGCAGAAAAGGAUUCAACACCUUGCCCACCGUUACCCAGCCUCCUAAUGCUAUGAGGAAUCAAAUCAACCAGUUGUGGGAUGCAGCUAUUAGUCCACAAACAGCUCGGGCGUAUACGGUGGCCAUACAGCAUCUCCUUCGUUUUGUGACCUUAUUUGGUACUCGGACGCCGUGUGGUCAACUCCCAGCACUGUCCGAAGACUUACUCAUGUAUUUCGUGUCUUACUGUUACCAUAGCCUGAAACUUAAGUUUGCUACCAUCAACUUAUACCUAGCAGGAAUUAGAUUCCAUUACAUCAAAGCGGGAUAUGCUAACCCCUUCCUAAACUCUGAGAGACUGUCAUGCAUCUUAAGGGGUAUCAAGAGAAAACAAGGGACAGAUGGAAUCACAAAACCCCAGAGACUCCCUAUUACAUUUGAUAUUUUAAGACGUAUGUCGACGUUGCUUCUGAGUCAGCGUUCAGUAUUUUCACCAGUUUUAGAUCUGAUGUUAACUUGUGUAUGUCAGAUGGCCUUUUUUGGAUUUCUAAGGUGUGGUGAAUUCACCAUUAAGAAUAAAAGCGUUGCAGAAGACUGCUUGAGACUUAACGACAUAGUGAUAGCAGACGAUAAGUCUAAAUAUACUUUACUGCUCAGAGCGUCUAAGACUGACCCUUUCCGUCAAGGGGUCCCUAUAUCUAUUUUCAAAAACAGUAGAUGGUGGGUGUGCCCAGUCACAUCCAUGUUGCGUUUUUUAGACAUUCGGCGGUCACAAGGAGCUCGAGGACAAUCCCCUCUGUUUGUAGUGAGUUCUGGUGUACCCUUAACACGUGAUCAGUUCAUUGUUUAUCUCAGACACGUGCUAACCUUGUUAGGUAUUGACAGUUCUAAAUACAACGGCCACUCAUUUAGAAUAGGCGCUGCCACGUCAGCUGCUGCGGCCGGUAUAGAAGACCAUAUGAUUCAAACACUUGGUCGUUGGUCAUCUAACUGCUAUACCCGAUAUAUCAGAUCUUCCUCUGAGGUUAUUCAGGAAGCACAGUCGAAAAUGUCUUCAUUUUGAUUAGGGGUAUAGUUUUUCAGUCACAUGUUCUGCAUGACACAUUAUAAUAAACGUCUAAUACGAGUUACAAGUUACGUUUUACACACAAUCUGUGACAAUUUAUACUCAAUGUCCUUAAGGACUUAUUUAUUAUAUGGUCUUCUUUGGGGCUCUCUUUUCAAUCAUCAAGUUUACAUGACUUGACUCUUUACAAUCUAUUUGGCCAUUAAUUCAUUACACUGAAUUUUCCCCAAAUCAGACCUUCGUUUUUUACAUAAUUAAUGUUUUUUAUAUCAUCAUAAUAUGUUAUUUAGAUACUACAUAUGGUGUAUCCAGUGACCAUGCAGUAGGUUGUUUUUACCGGGCACCCCCUAAUUACAACCUCGGACUUGUAGACUAACACAUUACGAUUAUCUACAGGCUCCAUUCAGGAUACACUGUUUAAAUAACUUCAAAUUGUCUGUUGUAAUUAAUCUAUUUACGUAUCCUCUGACCAUGCUAGCUCCGCUACAUUCAGAUCAGGCUGUCUCUGCUGGGCUCCCCCCAUUGACAGCCUCUGGACUUGUAGACUAACUUAAGUGAUUAUCUACAGGCUCCUUUCUAAGGAUACACAAAUAUUAAUUACAUUGCAAAAUCUGCUAUCAACUGCCUUACACAUUCAUACAGAGUAGCCCCUGAGAAGGCCAUAUGUUAUAGAGGAAUGUACAUAAGUGUUUUACAUAUAUAGUAGUAACAAUAAAUAUUAUUCAUUUACUUCAAUCUUUUGUUGUUUGUAUAAAAUAUGAAUUUAUUUGUAGUAAAUUCUACUUUAUACAAAUUACAACUAUUACCAACUACAAUUUUUGGUUCAUACUGAAAUUAAUAUUAUGUGAUUAAUUCGAUAUAAGGUUUUAUUUCUAUUCUUGUCAGUUUUUUAACAAGCUAAGUUUUGAUUCUUCUAUUCUCGAGUUGAGACACAGGAAAAUAGUGACGUGUGCAAAUGAUGAUGUCAGAUUAUUAAUGAGUUAUAAAUAGAUCGUAUUGAGUUAACUGACCAAUGGUCAUUAAGAUUAGGGACGCCAUGCUUCAGAGCAGAAAAGGUUUGAGCGGGUACAAACAGACCUCGAUUUCUAAUCAACCCACCCUCCAUCCCAUUGUGACACCAGUAUUUCGUGCUUUAUUUACAAAGAUACCUAACCUUGAUGGGAUUCAAGCAUUCCUUACUUCUGUGCAUACUAAGUUUUGAUUAAAUUAUAAUAUGAAAGAAGAAAGUACGAUUUUACAUUUGUACAUUGUCUCUUAUUGCUCGGGAGAAUGACCUUGACAUGUUCUAUUGUACGUAUGCGUUAAUGUUGCAUUUUAGCUGGCCACUGAUGUCCAUUGUUUUGUAUACAUCUGAUGCGACACCUUAGCAAAUUAUCUUGUUUACUAUUGAUGUCUCUUAUCUCGCUAUGGGUUGCCUGUAUGGCUGUCUGGCAGUAAUUCAGUACACUUCAGGCCAUUAAUUCAUUACACUGAAUUUUCCCCAAAUCAGACCUUCGUUUUUUACAUAAUUAAUGUUUUUUAUAUCAUCAUAAUAUGUUAUUUAGAUACUACAUAUGGUGUAUCCAGUGACCAUGCAGUAGGUUGUUUUUACCGGGCACCCCCUAAUUACAACCUCGGACUUGUAGACUAACACAUUACGAUUAUCUACAGGCUCCAUUCAGGAUACACUGUUUAAAUAACUUCAAAUUGUCUGUUGUAAUUAAUCUAUUUACGUAUCCUCUGACCAUGCUAGCUCCGCUACAUUCAGAUCAGGCUGUCUCUGCUGGGCUCCCCCCAUUGACAGCCUCUGGACUUGUAGACUAACUUAAGUGAUUAUCUACAGGCUCCUUUCUAAGGAUACACAAAUAUUAAUUACAUUGCAAAAUCUGCUAUCAACUGCCUUACACAUUCAUACAGAGUAGCCCCUGAGAAGGCCAUAUGUUAUAGAGGAAUGUACAUAAGUGUUUUACAUAUAUAGUAGUAACAAUAAAUAUUAUUCAUUUA